AUGGCUCGCCCUGACCUGGACUUGCCGCCUGGGCUGCCGGGGCCGCCGCCGCAGCCGCCGCUGCUGUCGCUGCUGCUGCUGCUCCUGGCGCAGCUGGCGGGGCGGGGAGAGGCCUCCUCCAAGGCCCUAGUGUGCCAGGAAAUCACGGUGCCCAUGUGUAGGGGCAUCGGCUACAACCUGACGCACAUGCCCAACCAGUUCAACCACGACACCCAGGACGAGGCCGGGCUGGAAGUGCACCAGUUCUGGCCGCUGGUGGAAAUCCACUGCUCGCCGGACCUGCGCUUCUUCCUGUGCUCCAUGUACACGCCCAUCUGCCUGCCGGACUACCCCAAGCCCCUGCCUCCCUGCCGCUCGGUGUGCGAGCGGGCCAAGGCGGGCUGCUCCCCGCUCAUGCGCCAGUACGGCUUUGCCUGGCCCGAACGCAUGAACUGCGACCGCCUCCCGGUGCUGGGGGACGCCGAGACCCUGUGCAUGGACUACAACCGCAGCGAAGCCACUACGGCCCCGCCGCGGCCCUUCCCGGGCAAACCCACGCUGCCCGCCCCGCGCAGCUCGGCGUCCUCUGGCGGGGAGUGCGGCGCCUGCAAGUGUCGGGAUCCCUUCGUGCCCAUCGUGAAGGAAACGCACCCGCUCUUCAACAAGGUGCGCACGGGCCGGGUUCUGAACUGCGCCGUGCCCUGCUACCAGCCCACCUUCAGCCCGGACGAGCGCACCUUCGCCACUUUCUGGAUCAGCCUGUGGUCCGUGCUCUGCUUCGUCUCCACCUCCACCACGGUGGCCACUUUCCUCAUCGACAUGGAGCGCUUCCGCUACCCCGAGCGACCGAUCAUCUUCCUCUCGGCGUGCUACCUCUUCGUGUCGUUGGGCUUCCUUGUGCGCCUGGUCAUGGGCCACGCCAGCGUGGCCUGCAACCGCGAGCACAGCCACAUCCACUACGAGACCACCGGGCCGGCGCUCUGCACCGUGGUCUUCCUGCUCGUCUAUUUCUUCGGCAUGGCCAGCUCCAUCUGGUGGGUCAUCCUCUCCCUCACCUGGUUCCUGGCGGCGGGCAUGAAGUGGGGCAACGAGGCCAUCGCGGGCUACUCGCAGUACUUCCACCUGGCGGCGUGGCUCAUCCCCAGCGUCAAGUCCAUCGCCGUGCUGGCCCUGAGUGCUGUGGACGGCGACCCCGUGGCCGGCAUCUGUUACGUGGGCAACCAGAAUUUGGACUACCUGCGGGGCUUCGUGCUGGCCCCGCUCGUGGUCUACUUGCUCACCGGCACGCUGUUCCUGCUGGCGGGUUUUGUGUCCCUCUUCCGCAUCCGCAGCGUCAUCAAGCAGGGAGGCACCAAGACGGACAAGCUGGAGAAGCUGAUGAUCCGCAUCGGCCUUUUCACCGUGCUCUACACCGUGCCGGCCAGCAUCGUGGUGGCCUGCUACCUGUACGAGCAGCAUUCCCGGGAGAGCUGGGAGCGGGCGCUCACCUGCCCGUGCCCGGCCGGGGAGCCCGGGCAGCCCCGGGCCAAGCCCGAGUACUGGGUGCUCAUGCUCAAGUACUUAAUGUGCCUGCUCGUGGGCAUCACCUCGGGGGUCUGGAUUUGGUCGGGGAAGACAGUGGAGUCCUGGAGGCGCUUCACCAGCCGCUGCUGCUGCCGCCCAAGGCGGGGCCACAAGUCGGGCGGGGCCACGGCCGCCCGGGACUACGCGGAAGCCAGCGCGGCCCUGACCGGCUGCAGGACCGGGGGCCCCUGCCCGGGCGCCGCCGCCUACCACAAGCAGGUGUCCCUGUCUCACGUGUAGCGGAGCCCGGCUGCGCUGGCCGCGCGCCGCCGGCGGAGGCACGGACGGGAUUGCAGGAGGUGCGGAGAGGUGUUCUGAACAACUGAUUUCGGUAGCUUUUUAACAGGUCAUUUGUUUUGACUUCAUGGUGCUGCUGCUGCUGCUGCUUCACUUCGGAAUUUGGAAGGAGGGAGAAGAGACAAUUUUGAGGUGGAACGCAAGAUAGAUAGUCCCGGGACUUUCUGAAGGGACCUUGUUUUUAAAUAUAAUUUUUAAAAAAUUUUUCUUAUUUUCAAUCCCGUGUGGGUACAAGUUGCUUUUUGGCAAUGAACCCUACCUUGGCUUUGGGGAGGCGGGAGGGCUGGCUUUAAAAUUCGGCGAUUGGGCAUUAUAAUGAAGUUCGACUGUAUCUAUUUUUUAAUGAACCUGUUUCUAGCUUGUUAAUUCCCUGAAAAAGAUCGAUUUUUUUUUUUAAUAUGACCAGGGUAAAUUUGCGUAUCUGACCGUGGAGUGGUGGGGCCAACAGGCCUGUCUCCAACUCACACCAGGACAGAGUGUUCUUCUGUCUUUAAGGCUAUCUCAUAUUUGUUUUGUGUGGCUAGGUGUUCCUUGAAACUGGGAAAGUGCGAAAUCAUGUCGAAGUGCUUUGAAACUUUGUGUUUAGGGUCUUCCAAAAUGACCUGGCUGUGGGGAGGAGAGAGUUGCUUCGCAAGCUUCCCAUUGUCCAGGACUAGGAAUUUUGGUCAUAGUGUCACCUUCACGUUAACAAUAGUUCCCUUAAAACUAUCUGGUGUAAACUUUUGGAGACUGGAAACUAGACUGAGCUGUAAUUUUCUAGCCUUGUGAAAUUUGUUAGCUGUUGGUACUGAGUGGGAGGAACUUGUUAAAUUCAAGAGCUGCACUUAUUUAAAAAGGAAAAUUUGCCUAAUGCCAGGAAAAGCUAAGUCACCUACUUCUGGAGGUACUUAGUUUGGUGGUUGCCACAUAGAAACGCCAUCUUAAUCUUUUUAAUAUUUUGGGGUGAGGUGGGAAAAAUCUUUUUUUUUAUUCAUCUUUUUUUGUUGUUGUUGUUGUUGGCCACAACUAUCUAAACAAAGACCUCCCCCAGCCUCUCAUCGAGUGCAUUACCAGAAUACUUGUUAACUCGGAGUGACUUGACCAGUGUAGUCUUAACACUGACCCUUGUGGUUGACCAGGUAUUUUUUGCCUCCCACGUUGCCCUGACACCUUUUGGCUCCGAGUCAUUUCAUAGGAGGCUCAGUUGCUCUGUCCUUCACUGAGCGCUGCAGCUUAGCGGCCACUCUUUUCUCAUCUACUUUUCUUCCUUCUCCCCUCCCUUGUUCCCCUGAGGACACUGGCGGUUUGGGCCCCUAAAGAUCAUGGUCUUGUCUUCCCCCGCAGAGUCUUUAGACUUUUAGAAAACCACACCUAUCCAGGGGUGAGGAGCUACAAAAGAAGAGCAUGACAAAAAAGGAAAAGGAAAAAAACCCCAACACACACAACCAUAUGCCCAGACUCCUGGACAAGUUUAAAGCCAAUUAGUCUCCAAGCUGCCUGGGAUCACUGACUGGGUGAUUUAUUGAGCCCGGUCUUCCACAGACUCCACUAGUUUUUUGCAGUGUGGCUUGUUGGGCAGCUACUGGCCCGGGGAGCUUUUCCCAAUAUUAAUCUAAAAGGUUUUAUCUGGUUAAGGUGAGGACAAACAACUAUACACCUUGCAGGUUGGUCCCUUGGCAGUUUCAAAAGUCCAUGUUUGCUUUCCCAAUCUAAUUAACCAUUGGCCAAAAG